GUGCCGCGCAUCUGCUGCCCUCUCCGGAGCAAAACGAUCUGCCUCUGGUACUCCGGUCGAUACUUGUGAGUAAACUAGAGAGCCAUUUGGAUUUCGCGCCAUUUUUCUCUGGCGGACUCUCUCUCUCUCUCUCCCUCUCACCCCCUGCAGAAACCCUAGCCUGUCCCGAUCCUGUACAAUCAAGUUAGCUAGGGUUUCACCGAAUACUUAGCUCUCCAUUCCAUACAUUCGGAGCUGGCGAAGAUCGUCUGCCAUGGCCGAGCCUCGCGCUAAGCGCCGCAAACUCGCCAGGUUCGAACUUUGAAUGCGCGUGCAGAUACGAUGUUGGAUCUCUGGAUUUGUAGAUUUAUCUAGGGGAAGAUGAUUACUUUCCGGGAAACAUAAUCGAGAUUGAGCUCCAUAAUUUUAUGACAUUUGAUGACUUGAAAUGCAAACCGGGUUCUCGUCUCAAUCUUGUAAUUGGGCCAAAUGGAUCAGGGAAGAGCUCUCUUGUGUGUGCCAUUGCCCUUGGUCUUGGAGGCGAGCCUCAGCUACUUGGGCGGGCUUCAAGUAUUGGAGCAUUUGUGAAACGUGGAGAGGAGUCUGGUUAUAUUAAGAUUGUCUUGAGGGGGGACUCUAUGAAGGAAAAUAUCAUUAUUAUUCGGAAAAUAGAUACGCGCAACAGGUCCGAGUGGAUGUUCAAUGGCAAAGUGGUGCCAAAGAAAGAUGUAAUUGAAAUCAUCCAAAGGUUCAACAUCCAAGUCAACAAUUUGACUCAAGUGAGUUGUGGAUAUUUCUCUCAAAAUUUGAAAGUGACUAUAUGCCUGUUUUUACCACAAGAUAGGGUCUGUGAGUUUGCUAAGUUGACUCCUGUGCAACUUCUAGAAGAAACUGAAAAAGCAGUUGGUGAUCCUCAAUUACCAGUCCAACACCGUGCUCUCGUUGAUAAAAGUAAUGAGUUGAAGAAACUUGAAACAACUGUUGAGAAGAAUGGAGAAACUUUGAAUCAGCUGAGGGCUCUUCACACUGAACAAGAAAAAGAUGUUGAGCGUGUUCGCCAAAGAGAGGAGCUCCUAAUGAAGGUUGAAUCUAUGAAAAAGAAAUUGCCGUGGCUGAAGUAUGAUAUGAAGAAGGCUGAAUAUUUGGAAGCUAAGGAGCAGGAGAAUAAUGCAAAGAAGAAGUUGGAUGAAGCUGCUAGAACUUUAAAUGAUCUUAAAGAACCCAUUGAGAAGCAAAAGAAGGAGAAGGCAGUGUUCGAUACGAAAUGCAAAAAACUACGGGGCCUCUUAGAUGGAAAUGAUAAGAGACGUAAAGAACUCCUUGAUAAUGCAAUUCAUUUGGGAGUGCAAGUUCAAGGUAAAUACAAUGAAAUGGAAGAGUUGAGGAGGCAAGAAGAGUCUCGUCAACAAAGAAUCACAAAAGCUAAAGAAGAUGUUGCUGCUGCUGAACUAGAACUGGCAAACUUACCUUCUUAUGAACCUCCUAAAAACGAAAUUGAAAAAUUAGGUUCUCAAAUUUUGGAGCUGGACUUCUCUGUAAAACAAAAGGGGCUACAGAAAUCAGAGAAGGAAAAACUUCUGGUUCAAAAUAGAGGAACUCUAAGGCAGUGCCUCAAUAGGCUGAGUGAUAUGGAGAAUACUAACAAUAAACUAUUGCAAGCAUUACAUAAUUCUGGGGCUGAAAGGAUUUUUGAGGCAUAUAACUGGUUGCAACAACAUCGCCAUGAGUUAAAUAAGGAGGUUUAUGGUCCUGUGUUGCUUGAGGUCAAUGUCACGAAUCGAGUUCACGCAGACUACUUGGAAGGUCAUGUGCCUAAUUACAUAUGGAAGUCUUUCAUAACACAGGAUUCUGGUGAUCGGGACUUCUUGGUUAAGAACAUGAGGUCAUUUGAUGUUCCAAUUCUUAAUUAUGUGGAUGGUGAAGGCCGCCGCAAAGAGCACUAUCAUAUUUCUGAGGAGAUGAAGGCACUUGGCAUCUGUUCCCGGCUUGACCAAGUUUUUGAUGCUCCAAAUGCUGUCAAGGAGGUUUUGAUUAGCCAAUUUGGGUUGGAACAUUCAUAUAUUGGAUCAAAAGAAAGUGAUCAGAAAGCCGAUGAAGUUUCGAAAUUAGGAAUUUUGGAUUUUUGGACUCCUGAAAAUCACUAUAGAUGGUCUAUCUCUAGAUAUGGUGGUCACAUUUCAGGCAGUGUAGAGCCAGUGAAUCACUCACGUCUUCUUUUGUGUAGUGUCGAUGUUGGGGAGAUUGAAAGGCUUAGGUCCAGGAAAAAAGAGCUGGAAGAAAAUAUUUCAAAUAUGGAUGAAAGUUUAAAAGCACUUCAGAAUGAGAAGAGACUCUUGGAGGAUGAAGCAGCUAAGCUUCAUAGACAGCGUGAGGAGAUCAUCAACACAGUGCAACUUGAGAAGAGAAAGAAACGUGAAUUGGAGAACCUUGUCAAUCAAAGGAAGAGGAAAUUGGAAUCUGUGGAGAAGGAGGGUGACCUGGAUACUGCUAUGGCAAGGCUUAUUGAUCAAGCUGCAAAAUUGAAUAAUCAGCGUUUCCAGUGUGCAGUUGGAAUUAAGAAACUACUCAUUGAAGCUGUUUCUCACAGACAAAAUUUUGCUGAAAAGCACAUGACAUCCAUAGAGCAGGAUGCGAAGAUUAAAGAAUUGGAAAUUAAUAUGAAGCAGCAAGAAAAGUCUGCAUUGCAAGCUUCCAUGCACUUUGAGUAUUGUAAGAAGGAGGUGGAGGAUUGUCGACACCAAUUAUCAAUCGCAAAAAGGCAUGCAGAAUCAAUUGCCAUUAUCACCCCAGAACUUGGGAAGGCAUUUCUUGAGAUGCCUACUACUAUUGAGGAACUGGAGGUUGCUAUUCAAGAUACUAUUUCUCAAGCCAAUUCUAUAUUUUUCCUAAACAACAACAUUUUGGAAGAAUAUGAAGGGCGUCAGCGUAAAAUCGGAGACCUUUCUGCAAAACUGGAAGCAGAUGAAAAGGAACUAAGGAGGCGUUUAGCUGAAAUAGAAGCCCUGAAGGAUAGUUGGCUUCCAACAUUGAGAAACCUUGUUGCUCAGAUAAAUGAAACUUUUGGUCGUAACUUCCAAGAAAUGGCUGUUGCUGGAGAAGUUUCAUUAGAUGAGCAUGACAGAGACUUCGAUCAAUAUGGUAUACUUAUAAAAGUAAAAUUCAGGCAAGCAGGACAACUUCAAGUUCUUAGUGCCCACCAUCAGUCUGGAGGGGAGCGCUCUGUUUCAACAAUUCUUUAUCUUGUUUCGCUACAAGACCUUACAAACUGCCCAUUUAGAGUUGUUGAUGAGAUAAACCAAGGAAUGGACCCCAUAAAUGAAAGAAAGAUGUUCCAACAGUUGGUGAGAGCUGCCAGCCAGCUUAAUACACCACAGUGUUUCCUACUUACACCAAAGUUGCUGCCAGAUCUGGAGUACAGUGAGGCAUGUAGCAUUCUGAAUAUAAUGAAUGGACCCUGGAUUCAGCAGCCAUCAAGGGUGUGGAGCAAUGGAGACUGCUGGGGCACUGUCGUGGGCUUGCUCAAAGAAGGUCGAUGCUGAAAUCGUUCACAUAAAAUGAUGAAUGCAUCUGUACACAGUGGGUGUUUUGUUCUCUCACCAAUUAUGUGAAAAAUUAUGUUUCCCUGUUCCUGCGUCGGAUGCCUCUGUAAAGAUAAAUCUGUUGUUGUAAAACCAUAACCUCUUUUCUAUAAAUUUUUGUAUAUGUAAAGGGUCAAAAAUGUUGAAAGUAGCACAGGAAGGACAUUUUCGCGAAGUUUGUAUUUGUCAAAGCAAGGCAGGAUCCUCCAUGGCCUGUCAUUUUUGUUAGGUGAUUUCUACUGUAAUAUGAUGAAUUUUGGGUUCGUAAUCAAGGUUUGAAAAACAAAGAAUUUUAAUUCCAUUAUUUUCCAAA